CCUGCAGAUAAUAAACGAGAGAGGAUUUAUUGAAUCUGGGUUUGAUCUCAAAUCGAAAAUACACUUGGAUUCGUUCAUUUUUCGAUGGUUUUUUGACCUGAGAAGAGUUAUUUUUGGGUAUUUUUGCUCAUUUUUUGGUGAUAAAUAGAAGGAGAAAGUAAAACUUGGAAGAUAUGGCGUCGCAUUUUGAUAGGUGGGAGAAAGAUCCAUUCUUUUCAGCUGCAGAAGAGGUUCAAGAAUCUGCCGACAGAAUGGAAUCAACUUAUAGGACGUGGAUUCAUGCCUUGAAGGAUACUUCUGGUAGUUGGAAUUGUGAUGCGCUUCGCAGGGACCUUAGAACUACCCUUGGCACUGCUAAAUGGCAGCUGGAGGAAUUUGACCGGGCAGUUAGAUCGAGCUACAAUAGUAAAUCUGCUGAUGAUGCAAGAGAUAGACACCAUGAAUUUUUUAUUGCAAUCGACAGUCAGAUUAAGAAAGUUGAGAAUUCUCUUAAUGAAUCAGCUGUUUCACAAGGCAAGCCACCACUUCCAUGGGUGCGUUUGGAUGAGGGGGAAGUCGAUGAACUUGCUGCAUUUCUCUCUGGCCCAUCCACCUCUUCUGCAGGGAUAACCCAUGCAAAAGUACAUGGAGUGGAGCUGCAAAUUCCCAAGUGGGAAGAGGCUGUAAAUCAAUCACUUCCCGAGUGUUCUGAGAAUCCUCUUCAUUCAGAGGAUGGUGUUCGAGGUGAGGCCAUAGACGAGAAGUUUCUGGGCCACCGGAGAACAGCAAGUGCUAGUGCUGACAUUGGUGCAUGGCAGAUUGCACUUGGCAAUGAUAUUUCCAUCAAAGAACCUGCACCCCCUCCUCGCAGAAUACCCAGUUACCAGGGAUUGUUGAAUGCCGUGGAAUCUGUUAAGGAGUUAAAAUGGCCCAAGAAUGGUUACAGGAAGUUGAAGUUCAAUCAAGAAGCUGGCAAUACAUUGCCGCGCACUCAGCCACCAACAAGGAACAUAAACACAUGCUAUGAUAGGAAUAAGAGUUGCCUUGAUGGUUGUGAUGAUUGUUAUGAUAAGCAACUGUAUGGUUGGUAUGGUGCCGUUCAGCGCCAGCUGCAAAGAUCUCAGUAUUACAUGCAAUAUCGUCGACCUGUUCGAAUAGUUUUCUCAGUGUUUCUUCUCAUUUUCCUGAUUGCCAUCUCUCCAGCAAGAAUGAUUGGAGACUUCAACGAAUGAUUCAGGUUCAUGGAAAGAUUGAGCUGAGAUGAGUUCUAGUGGCAGUCCGUACAAUUUGAAAGAUGAACCUUUAUCCCUAUAAUUGAUGAACUUGCAAUGUCGAGACGGUCAGAGGAGAAGGGGCCUCAGUUUUGGUAUUACCUUAUAGAGGAAAGGUGUAAAUUACAUGUAAUUUUGUUCAGGUGAUGCAAAGCUGGUGCUAUUAUCUCAACAUACUUUGUAGUAAUACCUUAUCACCAUUAGUGGAGACCAAAUUAUGUUGUAUUAUGAUAUUCCGUCCAUCGGAAACAACCUCUCUGCCUCCAAGGUUAGGGUAAGGUGUGCGUGCACUCUACCCUCUCCAAACCCCAUUAUGUGGGAUUACACUGGAUAUGUUGUUGUAUACAGAAAUGAAAGAGACGAUUAGGUCUAUUUGACUUGCUAAAUCUUGUAUAUUAUUGUAUUACUGUACUUAUUCACUUUUGGGUUUAA